AAUCAUGGGGAACUGGAAGAGUUGGCCUAUCUGGUUCCUGCUGUUUGCCUACAUAUUCUUUGUCAGCACACUUAUCCUGAACUUUAUCCAGCUUCUGACUCUUGUGAUAUGGCCAUUUGACAAAACCCUCUUCAGAAAAAUCAAUUACUAUUUAGCAUAUGCUUCAUGGUGUCAGUUUACAAGUGUUGGCCAGUGGUGGGCUGGUUGUGAAUGUGUGUUACACAUGGACCCAGAGGAAAGAAAACAUCUUGGUCGUGAACACAUCAUGGUCAUCAUGAACCACAAAUAUGAGAUAGACUGGUUGAUGGCAUGGAUAUUAUCAGAAAGAUUGAGAAUGCUCGGGGCGACAAAGAUCUAUGGAAAGAAAGUCCUACAGUUCAUUCCUCUGAUUGGGUGGGCGUGGUGGUUCACAGAGUCACUGUUCCUGAAGAGAGACUGGACUAAGGAUAAACAGAUAAUCCAGGAGGGAGUCCGGACAGCCAUGGAAUAUCCGGACAACUACUGGGUCACGCUGCUCCUCUUCCCAGAGGGAACAAGGUUAACACCCCAGAAACUAGAAAACAGUCAAAUUGUUGCCAAGGAAAAGGGAUACCCAAUAAUGAAACACCAUCUUCUGCCAAGACCCAAGGGUUUUGCUUACUCUAUACAGGAACUUAAAGGAAAAUUGAAUGCAGUGUAUGAUGCUACAGUGGUGUUUGAUGAAGGUUACCCCUCUCUAAUGGAUGUUUUAGAAGGGAAGAAAAUUAUGAGCAGAAUACGAGCCAGGCGACAUGAGGUAAAAGACCUACCAGACUCAGAGGAAGAACUCUCUGAUUGGCUGAGAAAUCUAUUUAAAGAAAAGGAUGAUGUUGUAGAAGAGUUUUAUACAACCAAACAGUUGGAUCGACCAGGAUUCUUAAUACCAAAACGUUAUAAUGACCUAGUUGUUCAUAUAUUUUGGAUCAUUGUGACACUUGUGCCAUUAUUCUUUUACCUAGUCAAUGUACUCUUGUAUGGAAGUCUUCUUCAUAAAGUUACUGUAGUCUUGGUAUUUGUUUCAGUAAAUUUACUCGCUAAAUUCAUGAUUGGAUUUACUCAGCUGGAGAAGGGGUCGUCUUACGGAAAACAGAUAACCAAACGGAAUAAAGAUUCAGAGAAAGAAACGUCAUAUAAUAAAGACAUUGCCAAAGAGAAAAAAGCAUCUUAAUAUUCACUCAUAUACUAUUACAAAUAUUAAUUUUUAAAUAUUCAAGCUUUUUAUGUCACUUUAUUUAUUAGGUGAAAUAACAAGUAUUUAUUGCAUUGUUCCUCUUCAUUGUGACCACUUUUUUAUUUUUUACCAAAUAUAUGUUUCUAAAUGCUAUCAACAUUGAUGUCAUGGCUAAGUAGGAUGUUUCCUUACAAAAUGUCAGUGUAUUUCAUUGUGUGUCAGUGUUUUUGUUUUCCCUCAUCAUGUGUGUCAGUGUCUUUCCCCUUAUCACCUUGAUUAAUCAAAAGUGGUGUUUUAGAUUGUUUACAAGGUUUUAUCAUUCAAAUUUAUAAUCUAAUUGAUAAUCUAUGAUGAUUUAUUUUCUAUUCCAUCAUUAAAUUCUAGGUGCAAUUAUACAGACCAAAUUAUAUUUUAGCUUCAUUUUAGGGUAGUUUUUGUACUUAAAUUUUUCUAUUUGAUUUUUGAGAGUGUACCCAUCAGAACUUUGAACAAAAACUAUUUUGUGAGUCAGAACCUGACUAAAUAUAAUCAAAGUCUUUGUAUUUUCAAGCCAUUUUCAGCUAAUACAGUACUUAUUACCAAUAAUUCACCACAAAAUCAAAGAACAAUAUUUUUUUUUAUUUAGAUCCAACAUAAAUAAGGAAUUUUACAUGAAAUGAAGAGAAACAAGAUAUACGCCAACUUUGUGAAAUAGAUGUAUGUGUAUUAGGUCAGAUGACAUGUUUCUUAAUAAUGUAUAGUUUCUCAAGUUUUUGUCAUUGAAGUAUUUCUACUAUUAGUAUAACAAGUUUCCUUCCAAAAAAGUUAAAGUUCCUUUCCAGGUAUUUGUGGAAGGUAUCGGAGGAUGGAGUUUCCUAAUAUAUAAUUUUUUUGGAAAUUAUUUUCUGAUAUCACAAUUUUUUAGUCUUUUUAAAAAAAAAGAUACUUUAAAAACAGUUAAGAAAUGGCAAGAUUACAAUCAUGAUUAUAAAUAUUUUUGUUAAAUAACGAAGAGGCACAAAAGCAGAUAAUUGAGGAACAUGUUGUCUGACCUUUAAUUUAUCAGCAUUUAAUUAAAAUAUAAGAUAUGAAUUACCAAGCUUAAUAGGUACUUUUCUUUUGAAAUAGUUUUAAUUUUAAUAUCUUGUACAAUUCUGUUUUCAUGCAUAUAGAAACAUCACGAUAUUAUUUUGUGUCCCAUUGUAAUCAAAUUACUAGACAUUUUUUUGUCAGAAAUUUAUAUAAUUUCCUGUAUGUAAAAUUUUAAAAAUGGUUUAUGAUCAAAACAACACAAAAAUAAAACUAGCUGC